CCCUAUUCAUACUCUAGAACUACCUACUAACCUAUCUCCAGAAGUCAAACACGUCGUUGUCAAGAUGUGCAGCGAAACCAAGCAGCGUUAUACGUGUGGUUGCUACGUGAUGCUGAUCCAUGUAUGCGCCGAACACAUUGAACAUACCCGCAAGCAGACUGAUGAGGAGCCCUGCCCCGACCUCGUCAAACAGGAUGUGUUGUGCCGCCAGCCAGGUUGUCCUCCCGGACGGUGCGCAUCGCGCCAGAACACCUUCUGGACAUUCGAGAAGUUGACCAGCAACCUCUUCGGGUGCGAGAAGAAGAAGGAGCGGCUGCAGAAAGAAAGAAGAGAGCAGCAGCAGGAAGAAUCCAACAUCAUGGCGGCGGCGACCGACACCGACACACCGCGUGCCACGAAGAGGAGCAGAGCCCAGGAACGACAACUCAUCAAAGAAGAAGGAGAUGCAGACUUUGCUGAUGAAUACUACCCCCCGUUCGCAACCCCUCUCUCUCCCUCUCCCCUUACCUUAUCCUUCUCUAAGGUACUGCGAACCUGACUGACUAAUCUCC